GUAUCCAGCAUUGGCCUCCCGUCUCCCGCGACGGCAGGUCGUGACCGCGUCCACGAUGCAAUUUUCCGAUAUCUCCAACUCUCUUCUUUCCUAGUCCUAGUUAACGAUACGUAUCAUGUAUUUGCUAUAGAAAAUUUGGUGCUCAAUAAUAGGGAAUAAAGAAAUAUUUUUUAUAUUUGAACUUUGUUAUGAGUUGGUAGAUUAGGGUUGUAAUUUUGCUGAGAAAAGUGGGACCCAAGGCACCAUGAAUUUCUUAGGCGCAGUCGGUGGUGACGGCGACGACAGCGAUGACAAGGAGAAGGAAGAAGAAGCAGAACGCGAGCGGCAGGAGGCCAUCCGCGAGGCAGAGGAGCGGCGCAAGGAGAAGCACCGCAAGAUGGAAGAGGAGCGGGAGAAGAUGCGGCAGGAGAUAAGGGAUAAGUACAAAAUCCCCAAGAAAGAGGAGAUGGUGGAACAGCAGCAGGCGGAACCCGACAACCCGCUGAUGAGGAAGAAGAAGACCCCCGAGGAGCUGGCUGCGGAGGCUGAGCUGGAGGACCAGGAUGAGUUCACGAAAUUGAAAAACACAAUCGAAACGCAAGUGAACGAGCUGAAAUCGCAGAUCGAAAGCAAAUGCGUGAUGCAGUGAGCGCGCUUGCUCCGACACACCGUAGCAACAUCCCCACAUGCAGUAACCCUCAGACCCACUCAUUCGCUCAAACAUUUUGUAGGAGAGAUUCGAAUUCUAAAUUUUUUCGGAAACUAGUUGGCUAGUGGCGCGUUGGUGCUUGAUAAUGAGCAAUAAUAUUUUUAUACAUUCAUAAAAUAAUGGAGAGCCUCGACAAAACCGACAAGAACGUGCGUCAGGUCAAAAAGUCAUCGCUGCCGGCGAUCAGACAUUAGGAUAACCUGUUUUAUAUGUUAACGCUUGUGAUAUAUUGUUAUUUAAGUGUAAAGAAGAAAUUUUUAAUACAAAUGAUAUUCAUAGCGCGAAUAAUUUAAGAAGUCUUGCACGCGUGUAGUUCGACUGCAUCUUUUCCUUCCUCUUCGAGACUGCGGACUUACAUUAAAAUAACAAUGUAUUCUAUGGUAAUAUUUGUUUUCAUCCAAAUUCCCCUCAGCUUGCGAUGGGUGCCGCUUGCUCUCGUAUCUGUCAGCUCUUCGACUUUGCCUCUAAAUCUUUUGCAUGCUCGCUUACGCAAUGCGUUCGAACUUCGUGUCUACGUACUCUGUUAGGUUAACGUACCUUAAUCGACCUAGCCUUAAUGUCCACAUCGAAAUUAACAUAGGUAACAAUAUUGUUGUUGUCGAUCGCGACGCGGUCGAUUUCGUUGUCAUUCGGUUCUUGCAUGUCUAAUAUAAGGUCAAUGUUCGUUUAGAGUGUAAUUGUAGAUACCAAACUGUCGUCGUUCCGUUCAGCAGUUAGCGUAGUGGACGCGAAUCUAAUGUUUAUCGAUGUUUUAUGCUUAGAGUAAAGUUAAUGUUGUGUGAGCAAUUAUUCGAGCGAUUUGUGUUGGUAGAGACGGAUCCGCCGGUUAUAUUGCGAUGCCUACAAUGGUUGACACGGUUUCACCGCGGAAAGGAUUGGAAAAAUGUUAUGGAAAAGGAAAUUGUUCGAAAAUUUGACUCCACUUAAGCUGCAAAUGCAAAAGAUUUGUUAUCGUCAAAAGCUGUGAUAUAAGAAUAAAACAAUCUAUCGCUGUGCGUGUGACGCGGCCCGUCCGCUCGCGCCCUAACAUUCUCUCACGUUAGCUUCGAACUUCCCUUUUGAUCUAUCACUCUUAAAACUUUAAAUAUCAUCAACAUCAUCUGAUCUGUCACGUUCUUCUUCAAAUACCCGAUUUACAUCGUUUAUCUUAAAGCUAUGCCCCUAUCCACAGUUUACUAUCAUUAUUAUCACUGCAUUGUUUUGUUGAAUUUUCCCGUCAAUUAAAUCUACCUUUGCAAAAUCUAAUCCUACAAAUUCUAUUCAAUAUACACCCUAAUGUAAAUAUGAAUCGAUAAUUUCUGAUUAUGUAUAAAAUGCUAUAUUUUCAGAUAAAAUUCCAUAUAUUUCUCAUAUUAUUGCACAUUGAUAAAUAUUUUCAUAGCUUUCUUCAAUAGUCUUCGCAAAGCAUACUCUACUCACACCUUCUACUUCUAGCUACUUAUCGACUCACACCUUCUAUAACCGAGGUUGGUCUUCGUCGACCAAUCUCUUCGUUAUUUAAAACUUCACAAUCUAAUAAUUAAGGUAUUAAAGUUAAAAUUUCACAGUGUACGUGUGUUAGGCUAGGUUUAACAUAUAUUAUAAUAGUUCUAUGUAUGCGCAUGACAGUUCUAGCUAAACGGUUGUUCGUAGAUAUUUGGGAUAUACAAUAAUAGUAAUAAGGUUUAAUCACACCUGUUAAAAUUUGUAAUGAUUUUGGCGUGACCAAUUUUACAAUAAAAUUUUGAAAAUCCUGGGCUUGAGCGGUAAAUAUUAACUGUAAAAUCAUAUUCUUCAGUAUCUACAGCUUUGAAAAUGAAAUAUGAAUCCAAAAAACGAACGGAUGUAACGAAGAAUAAUGUAAAAAAGCGAAAUAUAUAUAAACAUUCCAAAUUUAUUUUGUAUUGAAAUAUAUUUCAUGACAUUCCCAGUCUCCAUCGAGCUCAGCCCACAAAACAUUCCCCAAACCUGUUUCUCUCUACUCGCUAUCCCUUCUUCCCUUCCUCUAUCUUUCUCUCUGUAGGUCUAACUACAUGUAUAAUCUUCGUUGUUGGCUCUCACUACGUAGAAAUAGUUGUUUAGAAAAUUAUUUUGAUACGUAGCGAGAUUUAGAUGUAACUUAUUGUAUAAAUAAAUUCGCUAACUGUCACUAAUUUCAAAAACAUCGCCUCUUCGAUCCUAAUGAUUGCAUGAUACUGUGUAAGCUCUUAAGUGUGUUGCGUGUCGUUUUCUCUUCAUUUGUCUGUCCGUCUCGGGCUCUGGAUCUACAGAACCAAUCGUAGAUGCUUCUCGAGCCACUGUUUGUAUGUAAGCUUUAGGUGUUUGGUGUAUAGUAUUACGAUUAACAUAAGGUUUAAAAUUGCUUCGAUGCGCAAUACGCGAAGGAAUUUGGGUGAUAUCAAAUGGUUGUCACGUGUUUCUGUAAUAGAAUUACGAGUGUACUUAUCGAACAUAAGUAUGUAUAUAUUUACCGCUAUCGAGAACUCACACCCAAAAGUCUUUCAAAUUACUAGAGAGGUUAUGAAAUUCAUUUCUUGUUAUAUAAAAUGAGGUUUAUACAAGGUAGACGAGUAGCGUAGAAAUAAUUGUAAAUUAUUUAAUAAAACCAUUGUGAAGCUAUCUUAUUUGAUACACCUGUAGAAUAACUUUUUAAGAUCCUAAGUGACUCGACCAAUUUCUGGAUUUUCCUUAAACAAAAUCAGUUGAGUGAUCGAUCUUAUGACUUAUGUACUCAGGGUAAAUUAUAUAAUGUUUUUAUUGUUGUCUUGUAUACUUAUAUCAGUUUAGAUUCUUUAUAUUAUAUAGUAUGACUUUUUGGCCUGCGAAGGCAAUUCUAUUCUUAACUUUGUUCAAUUUCUCUAUCUCUUCUAUCAAUUUGCACUUCUUUACUGUACUGGUAGUUUUGUAUUCACACAGCUUAUACUUACGCUAACCCUGCUACCCUCUAACAGCCAAAACACUUGUGAGGAGCAGAUGUGACUAUCACUGAUCGAUAAGUAAUAACGACACUUAUACAUUUUGACUGAUUGACUGGCAACACGAUAAAAUAUGAAAAAAAUUUAAAGACCUUCUGGAUCUGAAAUUGAACUUCAUCAAAAUCUAUCACUAUUCUAUCCUACUCUACCAUGUAUUCCUUCUUCCUUGACGAUAUGCGCGUGUGGACUUCACAACGGGUUUUAACAUUGUUACAAGUUCAAGUUAAAACGAUCGGAGUUACAUAUUAAGAUAUUACGAAAACGAUUAUUUCGUUUGCAAUAAUACUGACACUUCUUAAAUGAUGGGAAACAAAACAAUUUUGUUCUCACCCAUAUAAUAUACUAGCAGAAAUAAGUUAACAUGUCCAGUGAUUACAAAAUGCAAUUUUGCGAACACUUAGUAAAUAGACGGUUUAGAGACAACGACACUUCGUACCACACUAACACAAGAGCUUCAUACACACAGUAUUAAUUUAUUGUUAGAUAUAUUAUAUAUUUUGUAGACGUUUCCAGUAGAAUAGACAUUAUUUGGAGCGACGAACUAAACGUUCGGGUGUCACAGACUGCGAAUUGUUGCACUUUGGAUAAUAUUUUUAAAAUUGUGUCUAUAUUGUGCGUAAUGUCUUUAUUUACAUUCUUUUCAUUGAAUAUUCAUAGAUAUUUUAAUAUAUGUUACAAGGAGCUACAUAGAGGAGAUGAGUCGUCGCAACCGACUGCCCUUUAAAUUUUACUCUACCGAUUGUUACCACUUCUGCCGACCUGUCUCCUCUGCGUACCUCCGAAUGUUCAGAUAGGAUAGUCAUUUGGCCAAUUUAAGAUCACUUAGUGCGUUAGCUUUUAAUAUUAGUGACAUCUAGUGUUAAAAAUGCAAAAAUUACUGAAAUUAAAACUAAAUAUUUAAAAAGUUGUGUAUAACAAAAGUGUAAUUGAAAUUAAAUAGUAAUCCAUUAAACCGAUAUGAACGAGGUUCAUACGCAUGUUGUAUUGUUAUUAAAGAAAAGUUAGUAGUUUAUCCACGAUUACAUUUAACUUAGAAUAAUGGAGGAAAACGAAAAAAGGUUAUUGUUGAAAAUGUUUUUAGGUAAAUAAAUCGGAUUGAGCUUUUGUGAAAACCUUGUUGUUAUUGAUAAGUUAUGAUUCGUUUCCGAGUCGGCUGUUCACAGGCUGCCAUUCUGAAUCGGUCCUUACCUCUUAAAUAAUUAGUUUCAAUUUAAACUGUCUCUACUAUCACUUAUGUAGUUUCAUAUAGGAUAGGCUUCUUCGCUACUUAUUGAUUUGUAUCUAACUGUUGCAAUGCAUUGUUAAAUUUAUUUACUCCUAAUUAGUUAUGUAUAAAGUUUAGAGGUAGCCAUUUUCAUAUUAACUUUACUGUGAGUGUGAAAGUGGUAUAUCUACCAUGUUGUUAAAUAAUAAAUAAACUACAUUGUACCACC